AUGCAGUAUGGCUGUGGUAUUCAACUUUCUACUAUUUAUCGUUCCCUUUCGGUGCCUAAGGAAAAGGCGACAAUAUGGAGGCCAUAUAUCUAUGCCCUUGUGCAUACUUUAUUGUCUGGCAUCGUUGUUUUUUACCUUAAAAGAUAUUUCUGCUGGUGUGAAUUUAAUGCUACAGUGCCUACAGUUGCUUAUUUUGUGCGUGAUAAAUGGAGGACAAUUAGUAAAAGUUUCGUAAAUGAAUUAGUUAAAGAUGGUGUCAUUCAGGUUGUAAAUAAUUCUGCCACAUCAGUAUCUUCAAUUCACUUACAUGAAUAUACUGGUAAAAGAUAUUCAAUAACUCAUAGUGUUGGUCGUUUAUCAAUGAAAUCUUCUGGGAAUAUUUUUCGUCUAGUUACUAAUGCUAGUUAUCAGUUACCAACUAAUAAAGCCAUUAAUUUAAAGAAUUGCCAGUCAACAGUGAAUUGCUUAAGUCUUAAUCAACGUCUGAAGCUUCAAAAUGGUUUAUUCGAUGUAUUUAAACAACUGCAAACUGAAUUUCCAAAUAUUUAUGCACCAUCUUUAUUGUCAACAAAAUCUGCAUUCACCGCUUUACUAUCCUUUCGUUCGUUCGCCUAUUCAGUUGGAUUUCGUCGAUUCUGGAUUGCUAAGGUUGAUAUUCAAGAUUGUUUCAAUCAGAUUGUCCACUCAAGGUUAUUAGAAAUAUGUUCCAAUGUUUUCGAUGAAGUUAGCUAUUAUAUGUAUCCCAAACCAGAUGUACAAUUCCUUAAACGUGAAUUGGAAUGGUUUUUGAAAGAGUCUACCAUGUCUAUUGAUGGAAAUCUAUAUUCCUUUGUGAAAGGUAUCCCACAGGGCUCUUGUAUCUCAUCAGAUUUAGCAAAUAUAUAUUUAUCUCGACUGGACAGAGAGCUGUACACUAAACAACUUCUUUGGUCUCCGUAUAAAUCACUGCGAAAUCCUGUGUUUGAAACAAAUAAUUAUGGUCUGAAAAAAUGUACAGCUUUCUUUCGGUAUUUAGAUGACUAUUUAUGCAUUUCAACUUCUAAAAAUGAUCUGCAAAAUUUAUUAUCGGCAUUACAAAGCGGGCUCAAAUCUUAUGAAUUAUAUAGCAAUGAAAAGAAAUCACAGGAUAAUUUACAUAACUCAAACACUCCUGUCAGUUGGCUUGGAAUCGAAGUCCACUCUAAUUUAGCAAUAACUCUGCCCAAAAGUAAUCCAUUAAUAUUUUGUCGAUUUGCUGGUCAACCAUUAUCAGCGGCCAAGUGUAUUCGUCGAAUAUGUAAAUUUCGAUUACAUAGGUCAACCUGGCGUUUUACUUUUUAUAACAUCAAUUAUCAUAGUCAGAUGAAGAGAAACAUAUUUGAUUUGGCUAUUGUGAAUGCAAAACGGAAUGAUCGUCUCCUAAGAGUUAACGCUGUUCGACUAGGCAACUGGAUAGCUGAUAUUAUCUGGAUAUCUUUUAAAACUUCACCGGAAAAAGACAGAUUAACUCAGCCUUCAGUAUGUCGACAGUUAGCAACCGCUGUAUUCAAAUGCAUUUGUGUGAAUAUUGGUUUUGGACGACUGCAUUUAAACCGUCUAGCUUUGAAUGCCGUUGUUAGACGUCUACUUCCUCAUAAAGGUGAAUUAAACUGGUUAAUUGUAUGGAUUCAACACUUUAUUCUCAAAAAGUGACUACCGGACAGUAAAACAGCAACAGAUGUAUUAUUU